CAGAAUUACAGUGCUUUACAAAGUUUACUUUGGUGAAUAACAUAUUUUGCUUGCUAAUAAAGUAUCGUUUUUAUGUGUACAUAAUUUGUUAAUUCUGGACUAUUAAAGGAAUAACAAUGAAGAACUUAUUAGACGUGAUGUCAGUUCAAAAGCGAUCUGAAGCGAAUAAAACUCAGAAACAAAAACCAACAGACUAUCGCAAAGUGGAUAAGCCUGGUGUUGUGCCACGUUUUCUAUUUGAAUGCGCUAUUAAACUGCAAAUUAAGCCACUGACCUCAGCAAGUGCAGCUAUAAUUUUUCACCGCUUCUUUAAAGAAGUUUCAACCACUGAUUAUGAUGAAUAUCUUAUUGCUGCUUCUGCAUUAUACCUAGCAGGAAAAAUUAAGGACGAUCCUGUAAAAAUUCGAGAUGUUAUUAAUGUUACACAUAACACCUUAAAUCGUGGGAUGCCGCCACUAGAAUUAGGAGAGGAAUAUUGGUCAAUACGCGAUGCCAUAGUUCAGGCGGAGUUGCUAAUCGCUCGCACUUUGAAAUUUGAUUUGAACAUUGAACAUCCACACAAGUAUUUGCUUUACUACAUGAAAACGCUGCAAUCUUGGUUAGGUCAUACCAUUUGGUCAUCAGUACCGAUAGCAAAGUCAGCAGCCUCGUUUCUUCAAGAUUUUCAUCACAGUUCAAAAAUCCUUAACCACAAACCGUCACACGUUGCAAUAUGUUGUCUGUCUUUAGCAUUACAAUCGUAUGGCAUUCAGGUCCCACUUGCUGAUGAAUCCGAUGAAGCAUCCAUGUGGUAUACGCCAUUUGUCAGUGAGUUGACUAAAGAAAAACACUGGGAAAUUAUUGAAGAUAUAAUAGAGAUUUAUAAACAAGAAAGCGAAAUCAAUUCUUUUUGAAGGAACUGUACUGAAUUUAUAUCUAAAAAACGUAUAUACUAACGUUAAAGUAAUAUGGUAAAUUUGUGAUAAGGAAAUUCUUCAAGCUAUAAAAUUGGCUAUGGCUUGUUUCUGCCUCGUAUUCUAGUUUAUUUCCAUUGAAACUGAAUUCCAUUGAUAUUUAAAGUAUACCUGCAUACCGAACUUAUUAAAUCAUGAUAAUGUGUAAGUUUCAUUAAAUAAAUUUUAUUAUUUUUUUAUUGCUUAA